AUGUACCUCAUCAUGGGCCGAGCAAUGGGUCCGACUCUCCACUCAAUCUCAGUCACAAUGCCCGCCAUCAACUCCAUCGUUGUUCGCGACGCUGUCCACCAGCUCGCCAAGCGCAACUGGGCUUCUCAGGAGGCCGGUGUCAUCGUCGUCUUCUGCAUCGUCUUCCUCGUCGCUUGCGGUCUGAUCGGUCUCUGGAUUUCUCGCCUCAUCUCCCGCCGCAAGGCCAAGCGGGCUGCCUCCCAGGUCUAA